GCAGCGAAGAGCUCCGACAACUUCGCACCCCUGCUGCCAUCUGUGUCCGGCAGUCGUGAAACGGUCUCCGGAGGUCGAGGAGCACGGGGUUUGCACGACUUCGCAUCGACGCAGGACACUUGGUCCACAUCAUUCAACCCUCGUGCCGCGGUCGGGUUGCAUUCAUCGACUUCCACAGCAACCUUGCGGUCGCAAUUUUCUUCCACCAAAGCGCAUCGCAAACGACCGCUUCUGCCAGGACUGCCAGCACAAGUUCGCGAGCUUCGGGAUGCUUACAGCACUGUGGACAACCAUGUUGCCGAGAGCCUUGAGCGUGAGUUGAAAGUCUUAGUUUCAGAAAAUGAAGGCAUAGCAGUUGAAGAAGCCAAGGGUAUGUAUGCUAUCGUGGAGCAUUGUCACAGUUGUCGGAUCCAUCAUGGUCUGUCAACCCGACAUGACGAAGAAGAAUAUUUAAAGCGAGCUACAUCGAUCCUUGAGCAAAUCUUGCAAGACUUAUCCGACGUUGUUCUGGGUAGCAUGAAGCUUCCGUGCAAGCUGGAGGUGGAGCCUCGCUGCCUGUCCAAUUCCUACGAGCUCGGCCAAGACAUUUGGCAUCAUGGUUCCCGUGUAGGCGCAUUCGAGGUAUACCUAUUGGUUCCGCCAGUCGGGCUCAAGCUGUCUCGUGAACGACUUCGAUUUCCAGGCGAUGUCGUCACUCCAGAAUGGAGCUCAACAUGUGGAGCGACGUUGGAGCUACCUUGUGGGUACAGUGUUGUGUUGUUGCACUCGAAGUUGGCUUCCAAUUCUUGGUUAACUCAAGACAUUCUUCCCAGAAGAUUAGCGGAAUUGGUGCCGCGCGGCAUUGUGGAAAUAAAGGUGGUCCUGGCUGGUGGUCAGCUGUUACCAGACUUUGAUAUUGAAAUCAGCUUCAGACCUCCUCCGAACAGGAAUUUCGACAGUCGUGCAGGAGAAACUGUGAUGCACUUCUGCGCACAGGAUGGCCUUUGCCAAGUUGAAGGUGUGCCAUUAAAGGCAGAGAUGCACAUCACUGUGAAGCACCCGGUGAUGGAAACUCAGGACCUGAGGCUAGUCCUUACACGCCGUACCGCUCGGAUUGUUCUCGCCGGCGACGCUGUCGUUCGCCUCUGGUGCAUAGAUCGACCUGGCGGCACUGCCGUCGUCAUGGCCGACUACGUCCAACAGAACAAUGGCGUACCCUCGUCAGCGCGCCCCUUGCGUGGGCAGGUGGAGCAGGCAAGCGGAGAGAGCGUUCAAAUUGAUGGGGUCUUCCGGCUGCCCUGGCGUGGGGCGAUGCAUCAAUUCGAGGGCGUCCAGGUGCUACCAGUGGAUGGGAGAAAUCCGAAGGCCUCGCUGAUUUUUGGUCACGAUGUGACCAAUGCGUUGUGCUGUCUGAUUCCGUCAUCUGGAAUGGUGAGGAGUUGGAUGCCAGUGAAGCCUGCGCAGCCCGAGGAGGUGUUGAUUUCAAAGCCCUGUGGUGUGAUCCUCGCGGCCCUUCGUGAUGUCAUCCUCAAAAUGGAGACGAACUUCCAAGACACGGAAGGUGCAGGCGUCUCUGACCCGGGAGAGCCAGAGCCAGAGCAAGAGAUGGAUCCUACAGGUGACGGUGAACGCUUCGCGCAGCUGCUGGAGCAGGGAGCUGGCCUUGUCAGCACCUUUAUCAGAACAGCGAGUCAGAUCUGGAAGGUUGACCUCUCCGAACAGACACGGUUUGAGGCCGAAGAUGUCAAAGUUUUGGCUGCUGCCAUGGAUGACCCGUGUUAUGAGGCGAUCGUCAGAAUCAGCGAGUCGGUGUCUGGUUCCCUGCCGACACAUCAGCUCUCCCAGGAGCUUCGCCAGUCAGAGGCGACGAAUGCACGGGAGGCACUGGCCAAGUCUGUUGCCGCCGCAUACAUCGGAGCUGCAAGAAUGAAGCCAUGGUUUGAGACAUUCUGUCGGCAGGUGGUUGGUGCCACUAGUGCCGAGGUUGAUGAGGCCGGACUGGUCGGUGCAUGUGGGUCCACUCGCAUGCUGCAAAAGAUGGCCUUGUUCCCCGAGUUGAGCCCUGGCAGUGGGAUAUUGUCGUGCUGUGUCAGGUGCCAAAGCAUGGAGGAAGUGGAAAAGGUAGUCACCACCAUCUGCGAGAAGCUGCAGGGUCGCGCGGACAGCGGGGUGUCUUCGAUCGUCGCCCAUUUUCUGGACGAGGAUGGCCAGAUCCGCUCAGACUCCGAGCUGUCCGAUGUCGGCUCGGUGGUCGUACAGGUUGCCUGGAGAGGGAGGCCAUCAGAUCCUUUAUCACUGGCCGAGGUGCGUGUGGUGAACGUGAUUCUGCAGAAGUCACUCAGCUUGACGGCAAACAUUGCAAACAACUAUUUGGUGGAGCUGCAAGACCGUUUUGGGGAAAAUGGCAUUGGGAACUCGGGCGAUUUCCCUGACGUUCUGCCGGUUGCAGCUAUGCGUCGAAUUACGGUGAAGGGCUAUCAUCCCGCAGUUCCGCACCACCACCUCCAGAGUCGGAACAUGAAGGAUAUCCUGGUACGAGGAAGCUUUGAGAUUGCCAUGCUGUGCGCGCCUGAGGCGCAGCUUCAGGUGGUCAUGCCAGAGAGCAACAUCCCGCUAGCAGCCGUCAAGGUGGAGAGUAUUGACAGACGGCAGGUGCACACAUCACAGGGUGGCUGGUGUACGCUGGCUUUGCGGCCUGGGGAGCAGAAGCUCCGCUUGCGGCACGAUUUCCUCGGCACCUGGAGAGAGCAGUCAAUAAACGUUUCGUCUUUGGCGCCAUCUUUUCAGAUUUCAAUGGAGAUGGAGCUUGCUGUCUGGAUGACCCCGGUGACGUUGAUGGGGCAGGUGCAGGCUUGGGAGUAUUGGAUCGGAGGAUGUGGGAAGAAGCCUCGCCAGGACGGCUCCGAACCGUUCUGCGGCAAGGUCCGGUUCAGCGGUCGGGAGUUGGAUGUCGACAAUGGUGCACUGCUCCUUCCUUCGGAGCCUGUUUGCGAGCUGCACGAGCCGAAGCUGCAGGACUCCCCCGGCACCGAAGAGGAUCCUCUGCUGGGUUUCGAUCUAGAGCCACCGUUUGCAAGAAUGGCACCGCGAACAAGCCAACGUCCGCAGACAUGGGAUCCGCACCUUCUUGGUGUUCGGCCGGCUGCACCGUUUCCCGCAAAAGCCGGCGCAGCCUUGGUUGUGAAGGCAUGUACGAUCUGCUGCGGUCAGCCAGUGGUGGGGAUCCAGAUAGAUGUUGAUGAGCAAGCACAGUCUUUCACCGACCGGACGGGUGUCUGCAUGUUGCGUGACGUCCGUGAUUCUGAACCAGAGAUGAAAGUUUUUGCAAGUCACGCUGCCUUUGAGAGCGGAUGCUGCCAAUUUACCGUCACUUCACUCCCUAAGUCGGUCGCGGAGCUACCGAUUUUCCUUGAGCCGCUGGUUAGGCUGUUCACUGUGCCGGGCCCGAGAGGUCAGCUGGCUUUGCAGAUUCUGGCGGGUGAUGGUGACUCUGUAUUGAUUCCGGUCGAUGCAGAACCCUUUGCUGGUACCAUCCGCAACGGGCGUGGCGAAGACAUGCUGUCAUCAAACACAAGCAAUCCAGAGGCAAUUCCGCUAUCACAAGUGAGAAUCGCACCAGAAGUGGAGGAGUGUCCGAUCUUUUGCUUGGCGAACUCCGCAGUGGAGUUGGGAGGGUAUGAGUGGCUCCCUUCUAAAGCGUUCCCAGCGGCAGGCAGUUGCACGUAUGAGGAGCUUUUACGGCUGCGCGAGCCACGCACACUAGGACAUCUUUGGCCUGUGGUGCAUGUAAAAGACAUUGACGACAAGACUCUCAACCUGGCCCUGGAAGAUUGUGGUACCGUCGACGACGCCGCCGUGCUGUUGAGACAACGGCUCCACCUGAACCAGAGCAUGAAUCUGGCUUUGGCUGCCGAAUCUCCUGUGCCGGAGACUUGUGUGGACAGAUACACGUGCGGAGCAUCGAUUCUGAAAGGAUCUGCUAAGUUGUUUUCUGGCCAGCAGCUAAAGAUCAUGGCGCGACUGCUCAUCAACGUGACCUUCGGAAACACAAAACUUGGUGCUCCCAACGUGCAGGUAGCGCUUCGGGAUUCAAACGAAGCUGCGACGUCCGACAGCUCGGGUGUUUGUGAGCUAGUUGUCCCCGCCGGGCGUCACCACGUGCGGAUUGACCAUGCCAUGUCAAACGAAGGCAGCGACGAAAUGGAAAUCGAGGUCUCCGAAGUAGAAACACGCGUGGAAGUUUCGGUGCCGGCCUGUUUGUUUGUUUACUUACAAGCGCCGGACUCCGAGAAAGGAGCCAAUGCUCCCACCAACGUGUGGCUGUGCGCUCACCAGGAACAUCUGCCGCUGACAGCCUGGCCGGUCGCAGGAACGGUGCUACUGUCGGAUCAGUCCGGCACAUUGGAAGCUCCGCUUGACGGGGAGAUGCUGAGGUCCGUUGAGCUGUCCAACGCACUCGAGGGCAAGCGCAAGCCUCUUACAUUGAGUAAUGGCAAAGAGAUUCCGGAAAGUUGGGAGUCUUUUCUGAUCAGAAGCGAAUCAAUGAUGACAAUGAGGUCCGGCCUCCGGCCUGUGGAAAGGGCCGCAGCUUGUCACAACCAAGGCUCGAGAGGCUUGAGCGGUGCAACAGUCUGCGCCUACUUCGACAUGGAGCGAGAUCAAUGCAGGCACGGGGAUGUCCAAAGAUCAAUGGAUGCCAGCUACGUUCCAGGAUCGCCUUGGGCAGAGGGGUCCACAGGUGGAGAUGGAAGGUGCGAGCUGAUGGUUCCUGACGAAGUCCACCGGAUUGAGGUUUGUCACCCCCUGCUGGGUCGGCAAGAGAUUGCGGUGGACCCGAGAGGUGCACAGGGGGAAUCUGUACUGGAAAUUUAUGCAGACCCUCGUGUGCAAGUCUACUCAACGCCACUCGCAGAUGAGGCCGACGGGGGCAUCGUAGCAAACACCGAUGGUCAGGAAGCGGUCUGGGUGUCGGUGACAGAGCCGCCUCCCGAAGCCAGGGGAUCGGAGCUGCACGGCGCGCUCCUGGUUGACGGCAUGGAUGGAGCUCUUCGACUUCCGGAUGCUUCACCGGCUAAGUUGCCCUGGCGCAACGCCAGAAUGGGAGACCAAUGUCCCUUGCAGAGGCUUCGAGUUGAUGCCGGCACGUCGAAGCCUGGCCCGGUGCUGGCUUUCAGCAGAAGACUCUCCAAGGGGUCGAGCCGGUCAAUGGCAUGUGUGCUGGACAGCCUCGUGGCUGGCCCGGUGUGUGUUGGCGCUUUGCUGCCAGCUGUGUUGGUGCAUAUGCAAGCUGUCGGGGGACGGAAGGGCUGGCAGCAGUUGCCUGCUCCUUUAGCCGAAUGUCCGACCACUCUGGCACUUCGCAAAUGGUUGGGAAGCCGUUUUUCUCGCGAUCUCGACGAUGUGGGACUGUACAACUUGUCGAAGACGGGUGGACUUGGAACGGUUCUUGCCGACGAUACGGUGCUGACUGCAGACCUGGAGCUGGCGGCAGCAUUUCUAUCUCCCCUGAAUGUGCAGGUUCUGCUGCCCGACACGCAAGAAGAGCAAGGCCUCAGUGGUGUCACUGUGGAAGUCGACGAUACGAGCUACGGAUCUACUGAUGCGGAUGGCUGCAUCCAGUUGAUGCUGCCUCAUGGCAAGCGCUCUGCUUUCUUGCGGCAUCCAAGCUUCGGAGACGGAAGAAGUCACAAUUUCAUGAUACCCAGCCAAGAGGACUGCUGCAUUACAUUUGCUGAUGUUCGAUUGUACAUCUUCGCGACAGAUCCAGAGGCAGAUGCAGAUGACGAGGAGGCAGGAUGCCAGCCAUCCUUGGUUUGGAUCUGUGCAUCAGCAGAGCAGAUUCCACCUGAUGCUCUGGGAAUCGCCGGAAGUGUGCAAUGCUGUGUCGGCGAAAAGGACAUCUCUGCUUCUCUAAGUGCAUCGCGGCCUACCGAAUUCGUUGUGCUGUCCGGCGAGCAAGUCUCAAGACGUCCCGCCUGCAGCCUGGCAGACCUGCAAAUUACGGCCUCACGCGCUGGAUUCGAGUGGCAGCCGAAAGAGCCAUCUCCCCUGGCUGAACGGCUCGAGGAGCUUGGUGGUUCUGAAUAUCUACGCCUCUUGAACUGUCCGGUGGCCAUGGGGUACCUGAAGCCAACUGCACUCGUGCGACUGGAUUCUAGUACCACGAUCAGCAUCUCUAUUGUGGAUAAUCCCACGGUGGAAGCGCUGCGGGAUGUGGUCGCCGAGAAGCUAGACUUACUUUCGGCGACAUCGAUACAGCUGCGACUGCUUCCACUUGCAUCCGACGAUUCUGAGCGAAUUCUGGAUGAUGGUGAGGCUAUCCGACCUGGUUGGAUGAUUCGUGCCCAUCAGAUGGUGCGGGUCCACGUUGCCGUCGUCACAGCUUGCUGUGGUGAGCCCUUGGGAGAUGUGAGUGUGACGGCUGAGAGCGUCACCUGCCGCACGGACUCCUCCGGCACCUGCCAGCUGAUGCUGCCCAUUGGAGAUUGCCGUGUGCAUUUGCAGCAUGCCUCGUUUGGCGAGAUGAGGCAAUUGCCGCUAAAGGUCUCGAAAGUGGAGGACCGGAAGGUGUGCUUCCGCAUGAAGCCGCGCCUUUUCGUCUAUGCGACUGAUCCCGAAGAGCAGGAGGAAGAGGAAGAUCCGGAUUCGGUUGAAGAUGUCGGGCCAUCGUGGGAUCCCAGCUGUGUUUGGUUGGCUGCAGACGAAGGGCAGAUUCCAGAGGAUGCGAUUGGAAUCGGCGGCAGUGCCACCUGCUCGUGGCCAAGUUCGGCCGUUAGGCUUCGAGCACACCUCCGGGCCGAUCAGCUUUUAGGACUUGAUCUUGGCCCGACUGGUUGGGCAGACAAAUCUGGGUCGGAUGAGGGUGGCAUGUGCCCUGUUGCCUCCUUCAGAGUGAGUUGUGCGCGCCGAGGGUAUAGUUGGCAGGCCAAGGAUCCUUCCCCGCUGGCCGAACGGACGACUGAGAUUGGAGGUUGUGAGGCGUUACGGCUGCUGGCUUGUCCCGUCGUCCUGGGCUUUCUUUUUCCACGUGUCACGGUCCAUUUUGCGAACCGGCCGUCUAUGCCAUUCUCCCUGAGCGAGCACCCAGAGGCAGACGACUUGCGUGCCAUCCUCGCGGAGGAGGUGGGUGAAAACUUCGUCCUGCGAACCGUGCAGCGAAACCAGCCAAUAAGCUGCCGUUUCCUCUCCCACUGCGACCUGCUGUGUGCAAAGCCUGAUGACAUGGCAGCAGCACUAGCCGCCGCGCGGCGUUUCGAGGAAACCAAGUCGACGGCUGACCCAGAAGAACUAGGUGGCAGCGCAAAGCUCGUGGCAGAUUUGGGGGUUUUUGCUGAAUUUCUGGAAUCGGCCGGCUGCGAACAGUGCAGCUACUUGCUUUCAGAGCCGACCCAGCAGGCGCGGUUCGAAGUGUCCAGCAACAUCUUUGGAUGUGCGGACAUCGACGUGCUGCUUCCAUCGAUUCAUUGGCUCUACCAGGCAGCACGGCAGCGUAAUGGUGGCAUCCCUCCCGGCCUGCUCGUGGAUGGAGGAGCGAAUGUCGGCAGAGCAACGGCCAGAUGGAUUGCCAGCUUCGGCGAUGCCUUUGGCCGGCGAGUGUCCAGGAACGACAGCCAUACUUCAUGCGUUGUUUGUGCCGGCGCGGACGCAUCGGAGGCUGCUAGGGGCAUGGAAGCACCAACAGUGGUUGUGGUAGCUGUGGAGCCAUCUGCGUCAAACUUCAAGCUGCUGCUACAGCAUGCUGCAGAACACAGCUGGAAUGAGGAAGGUUUCCUGCCCCUCGAGGCCGCUUUAAGUGAUGUGGCCGGCCAUGCGCAAUUGGCGGUUAGCAAAGACUUUGCGAUCGAUGAGAUUGCUACGCUGCUAUGGAAGGAUGGGGAUGAUCGUGACAAACAGACUGUAGAGGUGAUCACUCUUUCGCGUGUUGUAGCGGAAGCAAAGGCCGCUUUUCCAGGCCUGGGCCGCGAUGCUGAAAAAGUUUAUUUGCUCAAACUGGACAUCGAAGGGUCGGAGCCAGCAGUUCUCAGGUCCUUGGCGGCGGGGGAUCCACCAGUCAAGUUUGUAAGUUUCGAAUAUGCGUCCAAUGUCUGGAAGGAUAAGCUGUCUCAUGUAAUCGAGGAUCUGUUUCGCGCCAAAUACUUCUGCUUCUUGAUCACGUCCGAGCAUCUCUUCCCGGUUUCCGGUCCGUUUUGGAGCAAUGCUUUUGAAAUUCCGAUGUGGAGCAACUUUUUCUGUGGUCGAGAUGGUGAUCCAGAUCUGGAGGUGUUGGUGCAAUUGCAUUCGGGGGCGGUUGGAUUGUGGCCUCGCAUGCCCGGAAUGUAUUUGGCGGGUUUUGCUGGUCGUGACCAGCAUACAUGGGGCCUGCUCGAGGCGCAGCAUGCUUGCACAGAUCUGGGUGCGGCUUGCGCUGGAGUGACUUGUGAGCGUCCUGCCUCUGGCAUCGCAGGGGAGGAGCCAGGUGGAUGCUCUGUGCGCAUGGGUAUCGAGGGACUGAGAAGAUCGCCCUUUGGCGAGGUCGCUACCUCAAGCUUGGGGCAAUUGAUGUUGUGA